ACAGAGCAGAGCUACACAAAAACCAUGAGCCAUGCCCAGGAUAUAAAACGGUUCUGACCCGUGAAUGAGCCUGGUACGAUCUGAACACAGUCACUAUGGGCAAGAUUACCUUCUUCGAGGACAGGAACUUCCAGGGCCGUCACUUUGACUGCAGUGGUGACUGUGCCGAGAUGCAGACCCACCUCUCUCGCUGCAACUCCAUCCGUGUAGAGAACGGCUGCUGGGUGGCCUAUGAGAAGCCUAACUACUCUGGCUAUCAGUACAUGCUACACAAGGGAGAGUACCCUGACUUCCAGCACUGGGCUGGCUUUAACGACUGCAUCCGCUCAUGCCGCAUGGUUCCUUCCUACCAUGGAAACUACAGGAUGAAGAUCUUUGAGCGCUCUGAUUUCGCUGGCCAGGCCAUGGAGCUGAAGGACGACUGCCCUGAUCUACGUGAGCGCUUCCACAAUGGGGAUGUCUCCUCCGCUAAUGUCAUGGAGGGCUACUGGAUCCUCCACGAGCACCCCAACUACAGUGGCCGGCAGUAUUUCCUCCGCCCUGGUGAAUACAGGAGGUUCAGUGAGUGGGGCAGUCCCAGCCCCUCCAUGGGCUCCUUGAGGCGCGUCACCGAUCUCAACUGAAAACCUUUCCUGCAGAGCUUAGCAACCCAACCUUUAUCCAAUGAGUUGCCAGCAUGAGCUGUUCUUGCCACAGUUGAGAAAAAGGCCCGAUUCCACACGGCCUGUGGAACUGUGCAGUAUUUGAAUUUGUGCUUUUUGCCAUGAUUUGGCACUGUAUCCAAAUGCCUCUGUUUUAAAGUACCUAAAGUAACUGUCACCUUGCUGCAUGUGUUGAAUAAGUAAACUGUGAGCUUUCCUAGCACUCCCACCUUUUCCAGCUAGAAGUGAAAACAAAUUAAAUUUUGAUUAAAGUCAAAUAAAAGACUUUUUUACAGCUUA